AUGGCGCUUGAGCUUUAUAUCCACCCUUGCGUCCAAAAGCCGCCGCACCGUCUCCACCCCCCACCAGUCGACAAACCUCUGAGAAUUCGGAUACAAGGCCCGCUCGAGUCCAUACAAAAGCUUCUUCCAAACGUAUCAUGGCAUAAUGUUGUGCCGUUCCCGCAGCUGGGAGCGCUGGCGCUCGCAAGGCUUACACACCAGGCACUGUAUGGACAAGGAGAACAUAAUAUGGCUGAUGGUGGUCUGAGGGUGCGGGAUGAGUACUUGGCUUGGGUUAUGGAAGGAAGAAGACCAUUAGACUAUAUAGACUACUACGGGGUCACAUUUGACCACCUCGUUCCUACCGACGAUCUAGAUCCAGAAGUACUUGCGAUUAACAUCAUUGAAGUAGACAAAGAUGGAGGAGUAUACGCGGAUGGAGGGAAAUACGCGAAUGAAGUCCUUUCGUUCUCCGUAAAUCCGACUGGUUAUACGGGGAAGAAAGUACUCGCCGUGCCAAGAUGUUGUCAGCAUAAGAAAGGCACGUUGGAUCGGAGGCUCAUAAAUAGCAUGGUAGCUGAGAGGGAUAGCGAGAUCCGGGGACGUUCGCAAAGGCCGUCCGCGAAGCGAGCCCGGGAGGACACCGUAUUGUAA